UCCGGCGGGAAGUCGUGCGCGCUGUGGCUCUUGAUGUGUCUCUGCAUGGCCACCAGGCUGCUGCAGAACUCGGAGCAGACCGUGCACUGGUACGGCGAGGCCCCGCCGUGGGUCCUCAGGUGUUUGAUCAUGGCGGAGUAGUCUCGAGACCGCUGACCGCAGAGACGGCACUCGAAGGGCUUCUCACCUGCAGGAGCCAAGGAGCUAAAAGACUCAAACAACUCCGGCGUCAGUCACUUCCGUCACCGGCUCAGUGACACCGGAAGCGAAAAGGCUAAACUCGACGAAAGUGACGCUUUCACGAUUUCUGUGGAGCGAGUCCAGGUUCCUGCGGCACUGCUCCAGAAGCUGCGGCAUCUCCAGGUGAUGGGCAGCUCUCAGCAAGAGGCGGAGGUCGCCCAUCGACACCUCCACCGCCUGGCUGUAGGUGAAGUCCAGCACUUGCUGAAAGGUUUCCUUGCUCGCCACGAAUGGACAUUCACCUCAGCUAUCAGGAGAAGGACAGUAGGAGGACGUCAGAGAUCAACAGACCAACACCACUUUUCUAUAUAUCAUGACAUAUAUAGACUAACAGGACUGCAGUCAGAGAGAGACAAUCAGGAGAAGAUGGUCAGGCGCAGCAGUUGACCUGGGAUAACCCUGGGGCCGGGUCACCUCCGGGCCGAUGUCCUGACAACACGCCGGAGCAGCAAUGACACCGUUUCUCUGAGGGAAAGUAAUAAGAGAGAAGAAUCCGAGGAGGCGCAGGUGCGAGGGAUCCAGACGUCCUCCCGCCGACCUGACCUGACGUCAUCUCACGGCAUUCCCAGACUUCUGGAGCGAUGCUAUCUGUCCAGCCCAUGUUGUCUCUACUCAUGCCACAUCGUAGCUGUGCAACACGCUUGAGGAGCAGACAGAGAAAUGUGUUUUUCAUUCUCCAACAUGACUGAGGUCAGGCUUGAUCCUGUUGCCUUGCUCUUCCUCAGACGAUGGGAGAAGAUGACGGCUUCUACAGCUAGACUGAUGCUAUCUCCUCUGAGAUCCAGAUGAAGGUUGAACCACUGACCUGUCAAUGUGACCACAGCUGAGUGGAAGUUGAUGGAUCGACCAAGGUCCCGAUCAAGAUAAAGGCUCCGCCUCCAAAUCAAUAAACACCUGCUACAGACGACUGAACAUGAAGGCCACUUCACUCGGCUGUAACAGAGGGACCUGGUCUGCUAUCAUCCUGCUGUCCAACCUUCAUCGCCCCCCCAGUCACACCGAGCCUCUCCAAAGGGCCGCGGUGGAAACCACGAGCGGAUCGACUUCUUAACCAGCAAAGAGAAAGUGCCAUCAAAGCGGAAGCUUGGCGUGGUGAUCGGAGUCCUGGUGGCGGUGCUCGUCCUCGCCGCGGUCGCCGCCUUCCUCAUCUGGCUCUUUGUCUUUAAAGAUGCUGACUCGUCGACCCUCAGCUCUCAGCUGCGUCCCGCCGUACAUGUGUUCAGCGGACAUAUGAAGCUGGCGGACGUGCCGUAUGACGAGAAGCUGGAGGACACCAGGAGCCGGCAGUUCAGCAGCCUGGCUGACAAGCUACAAGGGGUCCUGGACCAAAACUACAAGCUGGAUUCAUUGUUGGAAAAAUACUACACCAAGUCUGUUGUCACUGCGUUCAGCGAGGGCGUCAUCGCCUAUUUCUGGUCCCAGUUCGACAUUCCCAUCUCGGAUCUUGAGCUGGCGCCGGAGAUCUCAGAGGAGCGUGUGUUGGAGAAUCUCGAGAUGAUCGCUCAGCAGCAGAGGAGCACGACGAACACCGGGAAUGUCAAGAUUGUUGAAAUCACGGCCGCAGACACAGAUCCUCGCAUGGCAAGAAACCCCAGAGCCAAGGAGUGCGUCUAUCGCCUGGAGGCAGACGCCACCCCAGCUCACUUUUCAUCUCCAGGCUACCCGAAGGGCUACCCCUCAGAGUCCCGCUGUCAGUGGCAAAUCAGAACCUCAGAAGACAAGGCCAUCUCCCUCACUUUCCCUUUCUUCCACAUUGAGGACGACUGCUCCGAUGACUUUGUCUCCAUCUACGACUCUUUGAGUCCAGAUGAUUCUCAAGCCAUCACUGUGAAGUGUGGUCAGAGGCCGCCCACCAACCCUCUUCAGGUGGUGUCGUCUGGAAACAUCAUGCUCGUCAACAUGAUCUCGGACGGCGAGGAGCAUCUUCCUGGAUUCACCGCCGAGUACAAAUCCCUCCCAAAAUCUCUAGUUCAGAAGUGCGGCGGCGUCCUGUCUGAUCCGAAAGGAGUCUUCACCUCCCCCCUCUACCCUGUCUUCUACCCUCCUGCCAUCGACUGCAAGUGGACCAUUAAGGUGCCUGCUGGGAAAAAAGUGCAGGUGAAGUUUAACAUGUUCCGGAUGAAGGAGCCCGACGUGGACACUCGCGUCUGUCACAAAGAUUAUCUGGAGGCUAUGGGCACAAAGUACUGUGGAGAGCUGAUGUCUUUGGCUUUCACCAGCGACACCAAUAUCCUAAAUGUACUUUUCCACUCUGAUGAGUCGUACACCGACAAGGGCUUCAGCGCCGAGUACAGCACCUACGAUCCCCAAAACCCUUGCCCGAACAAGUUUGCCUGCGCAUCAGGAAUCUGCAUCGACAAAGCGCUGCAGUGUGACGGCUGGAACGACUGUGGAGAUAUGAGCGACGAGAUGAAGUGCAAGUGCGCAAAGGACCAGUUCUCCUGCUCCAACGGCCUGUGCAAACCCAAACUCUGGGAGUGCGAUCGCGUGAACGACUGCGGAGACAACAGCGAUGAGAAACAGUGCAGUUGCGAUGAGAACGAGUGGCGCUGUGGGAACGGAGAGUGUUUGCCUCAGGAAGUCAAGUGCGACUCCAAGACCGACUGCGAGGAUGGAAGUGACGAGGCGUCUUGUGAAACCUCGCCCGGCAUCUGCUCGGACUUCAGCUUCAAGUGCAGAAAUGGCGAUUGUGUCAACAAGGUGAACGCCGAGUGCGACCGCGUCGACGACUGCUCCGACCGCUCCGACGAAGACACCUGCACCUGCGGAACCAGGCCGUACAAGCUGAACCGCAUCGUCGGCGGUCAGAACGCGGAGCUGGGCGAGUGGCCGUGGCAGGUCAGCCUCCACUUCCGCACCAGCGGGCACGUCUGCGGCGCCUCCAUCCUGUCGCCCAAGUGGCUCCUGUCUGCCGCUCACUGCUUCGUCAACCCCGACCAAGCGUACCACCUUCCGUCCAACUGGCAGACGUACAGCGGCAUGCAGGACCAGUACAAGCAGGACAACGUGCAGCGGCGCGCAGUCAAGAAGAUCAUCAGCCAUCCCGAUUACAACACCAUGACCUACGACUACGACAUCGCCCUGCUGGAGCUCAGCGAGCCGCUGGAGUUCACCAACACCAUCCAGCCCAUCUGCCUACCCGCCGCCUCCCACGUCUUCCCUGCAGGCAUGUCCUGCUGGGUCACGGGUUGGGGCGUGCUGCGCGAAGGAGGUCGCAAGGCUCAAGUGCUGCAGAAGGCCUCGGUGAAGAUCAUCAACGACUCGGUGUGUAACGUGGUCACGGAGGGUCAGGUCACCUCCAGGAUGCUCUGCAGUGGAUUCUUGGCGGGAGGAGUCGACGCGUGUCAGGGAGACUCGGGCGGCCCGCUGGCCUGCUUUGAGGAGAGUGGCAAGUGGUUCCAGGCCGGGAUCGUCAGCUGGGGCGAGGGCUGCGCGCGGCGGAACAAGCCCGGCAUCUACACUCGCGUCACCAAGCUCACCAAGUGGAUCAAAGAGCAGACGGGGAUCUGAUGGGGGCGACAACGUCGGCAGGUCGUGUCGGGCUACGCUGCGGAGAUGAGUCGCUCCAGGAUCAGCAGGAGUAGCACCAAGUGAGACCUGGACACAAGCCUUUCCACACUUGCACUAACUGCACACUGAAUUACUUGUGUUGUUGAGUGAAGAAAAAGAACCAAUUCAAACUUGAUUUUAAUCGAAAAGUGAGAUGUUUUUUUAGCCUUGGCGCCGCGGUUUUCUCCUCACACCUCACGAUUGACUUUUGUGAAAUCCGAGCUUCAGACGCUUCAAUUGUCCGACCUCUCGCAGCAGAUCUGCAUCACACACAGGCCAAUGAGGAAACUGAAGCGAAUCCAUCAGAAAGCGCUCGACUGCUCCUGGAGUGAUGUCAGCGCACGCGAACCUAACAACACGAACAAGGUCAUUCAGUGAUGCUGAGGCUAAUGAUGGACGGGAGGGUUGGGGUGUUUUAAACUGUGUUUUUUUUAAUGGCUUUUUUUGGCCACGACAAAGUGCCUUUUCAGUCAUCAAUGAAUUGACCCUUUGGGGUCCAUUUCCAUUUAGUCAGAACCAAAGACAGGCAGGUGUGUUCCCUGUGAUUGUGCCAAAAUUGGACUUGGAUUCAGGAGUUUAUCACGCUGAAGUUUGGCGUCUCCAUCCAUAGUAUUGACCGAAAUUGUAUUAUCGAUAUCUUGCACAUGAGUUAGCGACCCACUGUUAGCAGAUUGUGUUCACCCCAUGUGUCACUCUUAAAUGAAGCUCUAAGUUAUUUUACCCUUCACACUCCACCGGUGGCCUUUUAUCCAGUUAGAUUGUAUAAGUGCUUUAAAGGAGAGGGUUGUGGGUUCAAAUCUCGCUCCGGAUACGCGACCAAGCUAACCUUCACUUGCAGAGUGACGUUACUUUCCUGUUCAGUUGUGGCGUGUUGAUGUUUUUGUACCCUUUUUUUAAAGUGUUUUAUAUGAAAUAUCUGUGGUCAUUAAAAGCUUUUAUCUCUUC